AUGCCGAGGGUUGUGCUUCUUGCAUCAGCUCAUUUGCAUAACGUUGCCUUUCUCCAGCCCGAGGGUGGGAGGGAUGAUGAAGAAAUGAACUAUUUCUUUAGGCUGAAAUGUGAACAAUGUGGAUGGAUUUCUGAGAAUGAAGUAUGUGUUAACAUGGCCGUUCAAGAACAUGCCCCCGGGAGCAGCAGGAGAAACAGCCGUGUGAACUUAUCUCUAAAGUGUGAAGGGUGCGAGAGGCAGGGGACAAUAACACUAGUCCUCGGAAAUGGACGCCCGUUGAGGGUAGAUGAUUGUACAAAUGUGCCACUUAUGGUUUUUGAUUGCAACGGAACCUUCCCGGUGUACUACUCCUUCAACGGCGGAUGGUCGGCCGUUACGCAGAAGCUCAAGACUCCAAUGCAAGAGAGCUACAGUGGACUGUAA